AUGACAGCUGAAGCCAGAAAGAGUUUUUCUGUGUCAUACAACACAAACUGCACCAAGUUUUAUAAAGUAGCAGACCCUCGACCAGAGUUCAGCCUUUCAGUGGACAGGUGGUCUAAAACGGUCGCCGUCUCUGUUGACGCUGAUCAAGAAGUCAACGUCCGAAUCUGUUACGAACAAAAUCUUGCACUCUGUCAGGGGUCACGCCCAUUAUCAGUAUUCAAGUCAGCUGUUCUGAACAUCUCUCACAUGCUUCCUUGCACCUGUGUAGAGGUGUAUUACACGUACAGAGAUGCAACCAGGCACAAAAAGUGCCCGUUUAAAGACGAACCCGUCUUCGAUGCCGGAGAUGUUCUGAGCACAUCUGAAGUGAAGCUACACAACUCGUACAUGAACUGGAGCUACAGGUGUCCCUCCAGUGGGCUGAACGUCUCUGCGUCCCUGUGCUGGGAGCAACACGAACAUCUCUGCAUCCCGUUGCUCAACUCCACCCUGGAGAAGAUGGAUGGAAAUGAUUUUAACACGAUUCAUGUGGACAGACAUCCUAAGAUGUGUGUGCAGUUUUCUAUACAAGGCAGCUCCAGAAUCUCUUGCCUUUUCCAAAACGAAAUGACAUCUUGGGAAACUUCAGUUGAAGCAGGCAGACGGAGCAUUUCGGUGCUUCUUACCUCCAGUGUGCCAGCAAAGUUCUCAGCCCAGCUUUGUGUCCUUACAGAGGGGGGGUGUACACCUGCAGGAGCAGUUCACUCACUAAUAAUGACUGGAGGAAGUCUGACCGAUAAACGGAUAAGUGUGCCUGUUCGAGGCGUAACAGAGCAGCUUUGUGUGCAGGUGUGGCAGUCAGAUCCUGCUCUUAAUGGAAGAAGAAUUAUGUGCUUGGACUACACACACAACAGGUGGGGCCUUUAUGCAGCAGCAGUUUUGAUAUGUGCAGUCUUAGCUGCUUUAUUUGGACUUUUCCUCCACCGGACCACCAGGAGUGGAACUGGAGGUCUGCUGAUGAUUCAAAGGCCAGUGUUGCUGGUGUGCUCCUCCGAUCAAUCCAUCCAUAUCUCCGCUGUUUGUGCUUUGGCCUCAAUACUUCAGGGAGAGCUGGGUGCCACGGUGCAUGCAGCUCUGUGGCAGCAAAACUCCCAAAGGCAGACUGGGACUGGGGCCAGUGUGGCAGAUCUGGGUCCAAUUCCCUGGCUGUACGGGCAGUGGGACGCUGUCUGCAAGGCGCAGGGGAAAGUUCUGAUCUUUUGGAGUCCCGAGGCCAGGAGGAGCUACGAGAGGUGGAAGAUGAAACGAGGAAGCAUGGAUAAGAAUGAAGCAAACUUGAACCAUGAGAGGAUUAGAGAAGCAACACAAGAGAAUUUAAAACUGAAAGGAAAAUGGAGAAAAGAGAAAUCAUCAGGAAGAAAAUGUUGCGUCACAUUGUUUGAGGAUAAAGACUGGUGCUCACAGAAGGAGCCAUCUACAGUGAUGGAGCCUGUGUUCAUGGCUGCUCUGGCCUCUCUAGAAGGAGCGCUGCAGGAGGGCAAAGGUAAAGAUGUUGCCAUCGUCUACUUCCAGGGUCUUUGCCACAGCAGGGACAUCCCGAAGGCCUUCAGAGGGGUCCCUCGCUACUGUUUACCCCAAGAUUUCAGUGGUUUAUUACAGGAGCUGGCAGAGGUGAGAGGCAUGAAAAGCAGUGAGUUUAGCAGGAGCUGCGGACAUAGACUCCUCUCUAAAGUGAUGUCGAUGUGGCUAGCACGUCAGCUAGCUCGAAGGCUGCGAAUGGUCCUACCUCAGACGCGGGAAUAUGAGGCAAAACGUGGCCCAUCAUCAACAGAAAUGACAUCAGAUCGGGGGCAGAGCCGGCUCGCGUUGCCAAGAAGCGAACAGGAGCAGGAGCUCCUGUAAGCAGUCACCAUGGAGAACCGGGAAGCUUUCCUCUCGCAUUUCACAUACCAGACUCUUGUUCAGCUGGAAACGUGAUCCCUGAAACUCAGGAGCUGGUGUGCGUCGCCGCCAAGUGCCUCCAGGCUGCUUGCUAAAACUAUUCGUUACUU